UUCAUCUCGUUACGAUAUGGCGAUCAUCAUGAGUCUACAGGAUACGAUCAGCUCUGCCGAAAAGGAUGUUGUGCGCGUUGUUUUACGUUGCAACGAUGCCACUGAAAACCAGAAACUGGAUCUGUCGUCCUGCUUCCUGGCGUCGUUCCCUGAUGCAGUCUUCAUGUUGAUGCGCAACACCCAAUUAGAGAGUCUCGAUCUGUCACAAAACGUACUUCGCAAAAUCACUCCUAAACUUCCUCAGAAGUUCUCGUACAUAAAUUCGCUCAAUCUGUCAUCGAACAGACUAUGUGCUUUACCAGAUGAAACCUCAGCGUUGGAAAAUCUUUCGAGGCUUGAUCUGAGCAAAAACGAAUUCAUGUCGAUACCCUGGUGCAUCUACAGGAUGCCACAACUGCGUUUUCUUGAUCUGAGCAAUAACUAUAUCGCAGAUGUGGAGUUGGACCGGCUCAAGCAGCUCAACUGCGAGAUUCGCCUAAAUGAUAACCCGCUUAAUGAAGAUUGCUGCAAGCGGUUAGCAAAGGAAAACUUGCCUAGUAUUAGCUAUACGCCAUUUCGAAAGAACGAGUAGCUGCUUAUGGAGCGUUUUCUCGUGAAUAGUCCAGACCUAGAAAAGGUUUGCCAUUUCAUGACGGCGUCGCAGUGCAAAUGAUAUCGAAGACAUAACGUCCAGAGCGAAACCUAUUAUCAGUCUAUAAAACAGCGUAAAUAACGGUGAUAUUUGUUGCCAAUAGAGUUAAUUUAACCGUAAGCACAUUUCUCUACGGGUGAGCUUACUUAAAAUUGCACCUUUUUACUUCGACGUGUUGUUGUUGUUGUUAUUGUUGCCGUUCUACCAAAAUAGGCCCUGUGACAAGCGCUAAUGUUGGAGACACUACCGCAACUACAAUAUUGUACUUAUGGUACAGGCGACAAUAUUGAAAUUAACGCCGAUAAAAAAUGUUCCGCCGAAUUUACGACAAGCACAACUGCAGAUCAUCUGUUCUGGUAAAAUAUGUCGUUCACGGGGAAAAAAACUUCAUUCACAGAGCUACUUAUCGUGCGUAAUCAGUUUCCAAGUUCGGUUGCCUUUUUGCCUAACUUUUGAACUUAUGGAUUAGCUAAUUGAAUUGCAACUCUAACAUUUCCAGAUAUUUUUCUCAUUAAUGUAAAUCUCAAGCGUUUAUUCAUGAAUGAGGGGGCAACAAUUUGACUAAUAAUUAAUUGAGCUUAUCAGCGAGAUAUCUUGUACAUAUAAUAUAUAUGUAGUAGUAAACUCCGGAGACUCUAGCUGGCCAAACA